AUGUCUCUUGCGGUAAACGCAAGCACUUUCGACCAAUGCCUCACCUCUAUCCGCGCGCUUCCGGACGGGACGGAUGGGAUCGUGGACAAUCACGGCAAUCCAGUCAACAUCAGUUCCAACGCGACCGCCAUCUCCUACGGCCUCUGCAAAGAAGUCUGCGGACGCGACUCUGGUGCUUUCGAAUGGUCGGUCUUCUCUCAGCAAUUCAGCGCCUGGCUCCUCCCAUGGUUGGCCCUCAUAUCACAACUCCCGUUCGGUGCAAAACAUCGAUCCGACAACGUCAUGUCUAUGCUUCUCACAGUGGGAUCGCCCGUGCUUGGCGCCUACUCCCUAGCGCUCACUGUGCUCAACAGCCAGUGGAUCGCGAGGAGGUUUUCUGGGUUCAAGUACCCCAACGUGGGUCUUGCGGUUAGGGCGCUCAGCAGCCUUCAGCAGGUGCCGUUGGAGGUUUCAGCGGAGUACGGAGUGCUAGCCAGCAUGGUGGUAUUACCAGAGAAUAACGAAUGGUGGACGGAGCUGGUGGAAGGGUUGGAUUAUAUCCAUACCUGGAGUAUAUCCGCGGCUUCGUCUAUUGCUUGGGUUGUGAUUGCCUAUCUGUUUACGGUGAUCGAUUCAUUUGCGAAUGUCUCCGAAAAUAUCCAAGCGAAUGGUCAAGGCGUCGGGUCCGUCUGGCUGUGGCUUCUACCCAUCGUGAUUGGCUGGCUUCAAGUUUCUCCAAAAUGCGACUUCGACCGCGUCGCACAAGCACUCGAGAAAGCCAACAGAAAGGCAUAUCUCGCCGAUUAUCCCAACCCAGUCCCCCUUUCUCAUAAAACCGGACGUCCAGCCUUCGUUUUGCAGCAUUAUCGACGUGGUUCCGUCCACCGUGAUGAAGAGUCCUCCGCUCCCAUCUUCAACUACGCUCGCUUUUUCCCUUGGGUACACGCCGUCGAACAGGUUGCAGAGGCGUUCGAGAGGGCGUCAGAGAACGCGUUGAGCCACGUACCCGUAGGAAGAGAUGUCCCAUGGGCUCCAUCUGACGUGGGUGUGCAUGGCGAUAAUCGGAAGGGUACUCUGGAUGACGUUCAGGCCAGGCCGCGGAGGGGUAGCCCAAUCGGUAGGUGGGGCUCGGACGUCUGGACGAGGGUUAUCGUGGCGUCCGCACUCGCGUUGUCUUUACAGUGGGGAACGACCGGUGCUGCUUUCAUGAUUGUCUGGUUCACUCCGACCAAAGGCCUCGGUUGUCGCAGCGGCGCCUAUCUCCUCUACGGCCUAAUCUCCACCCUCGUCUGGCUCAUAAUGCUCCUCUCCUCCAUCUUCGCACACUACUCCCACCUCCCGCACCCAAACUCACAGCACCUCCACCUCCGCGGCGUAGUAGACGAAACCGCCGCUCGGCUCUCCGUCGCCCUUCGUCGCAUCGGCAAGUUCGUCGCGACGCUGAACGCGGUGUGGAUCGUGGUGAUUUGUUUGUUCCAGUUUAGCAGCUUUUUCGAUAGAUGUUAUUGCGAUAGUAGUGUGAUUGGGCUGGGAAAGAGGGCGUUUUAUACGUUGUUGUUGACGGAGGAGGAUAUUCCGGUGUUGAGAGGGGCUUGGAUUGGUGGUACGUUGUUCUACUACUUAUUCGAUUUUGUGCGGACUAUUUGA